GGCGCGCCGUCCUCUCCAUCCCCGCCCGCCAGCAGCGGAGCGGGAGCCGGCGCGGGACGCAGGCGAGCCUGAACCGAGCCUGAGCCGUGGCAGAGCCACACUCCGGGGCCGCAGCUCCAGCUCCCGCUCUAAUCCUGAGAGGAAGAUGCAGCCGUCCUUGACCUGUCACGUGGAUGGGAGCAGCCCUUAGCUAUGGAGAAGGAUGUGGCCAUGUCACCACAUGAUCCCUCCCGCAUAAAACCAAAGCCACCUCCAGACACAUGCCCCGGUGGCUCAGUCGCUAGGCAAAACCUGGAGAGUGGAGACCUGCUCCAACCCAGGAGGAUGCCAGCUGGGCAGGGGGCAAUCUGAGGACUGUUCUUUGAACCGCCAACUUGCCCUCUUCUCCAUUCACACCUCCUAGGAGCCUGCUUUCUUCAUUUCUAGAGAAACAGCACUGAGUCACUCGGUCACCGUCGCCUCCCCACAUCUGGAUGCUUUCCCUUGGCUUGUUGGGCAGCCUGGAGCCCAGGGGUCCACAUCAUUGACACCCUGGGGAGCUGGAAGAGCAGCAGCCAGGUGGACAGAGGAAGGAGCCCUGGGGUCCCAGGAUGGCGUCCAACGACACGGCCUCUUGUCUGGGCUCUGCUGCACUGAAGGUCACAGUGAGCGUGGUGCUCACGGCUCUUAUCCUCGUCACCAUCGCCGGCAACGUGGUUGUCUGCCUGGCCGUGGGCCUGAACCGCCGGCUCCGCAGCCUGACCAACUGCUUCAUCGUGUCCCUGGCCAUCACCGACCUGCUCCUGGGCCUCCUGGUGCUGCCCUUCUCGGCCUUCUACCAGCUAUCCUGCAGGUGGAGCUUCGGCAAGGUCUUCUGCAACAUCUACACCAGCCUGGACGUGAUGCUCUGCACAGCCUCCAUCCUCAACCUCUUUAUGAUCAGCCUGGACCGAUACUGCGCCGUCAUGGACCCCCUGCGCUACCCUAUGCUGGUCACCCCGGCCCGAGUCGCCAUCUCCCUGGUCUUAAUUUGGGUUAUCUCCAUCACCCUGUCCUUCCUGUCUAUCCACCUGGGGUGGAACAGCAGGAGCGAGACCAGCACCGUCAACCACACCGUCCUGCACUGCAAAGUCCAGGUCAACCUGGCGUACGGCUUGGUGGACGGGCUGGUCACCUUCUACCUGCCUCUGCUGGUCAUGUGCGUCACCUACUACCGCAUUUUCAAGAUUGCCCGGGACCAGGCCAGGAGGGUCCACCUCGUCAGCUCCUGGAAGGCGGCCACCUUCCGCGAGCACAAAGCCACCGUGACGUUGGCUGCUGUGAUGGGGGCCUUCAUCGUCUGCUGGUUCCCCUACUUCACCGUGUUUGUCUACCGGGGGCUGAGAGGGGAUGACAGUGUCAACAAGACCUUCGAGGCCGUCGUGCUAUGGCUGGGCUACGCCAACUCGGCCCUGAACCCCAUCCUGUAUGCCGCAUUGAACAGAGACUUCCGCCUGGCAUACCAGCAGCUUUUCUGCUGCAGGCCCGCCAGCCACUACGCCCGGGAAACUUCUGUGAUGUCCAACAGCUCUCGGCUCUCCAGGACUCAAAGCCGAGAAGCCAGGCGGCAGGAAGAGAAGUCCCUGAAGCUCCAGGUGUGGAGUGGGAGAGAGGGCACAGCGCCCCGGGGAGCCACCGACAGGAAGCCAGCACUGUCUUGCACCGUGUGCUCCAGCAACCUUCUGAGCUGCUGCAAGAGUCUGUGGGGCCUUCGGUUCCUGCAGAGACACGUGAGAGGCCCCUCAGAGGAGCAGCCGAGGGAGCUGCUGGCCAAGGGGCCACGGAGGACACCGCCCGAGGAAGCGGUGAGGACACUGCCCUCCCAUGCUGUGUAGACCCAGCCCCAGGACACUGAAGAUACUGCUCUCGGUCACCAAGAUUUGACUCCUGGAGCCACUAAGGACCCAGCAGCCUCCAAAGCCACCGAGGAUGCACCGUAGGCUGAGCCUGGGGACUCCCGGAGCACACAACAGGGCGCCGGGCUGCCGAGGUGCUCUGGCCUCCGUGGGACAGCCUGUCUGUGCUCAGCGUUCCCAGACAAGGGAGGUGUCAGGACUCCCCGGGUCUCAAGCGCACACCAGUGCUGGCCCUGAGUCACGAGCAGAGACAGUGGGACAUUUGGGAUGUGUGCACGUGUGUGCAUGGAUGUGCACCUGCAGGAGCAUGUGUGCCCUCUGAGCACAGCAGGGGGUGCUGCCAUAAAGUGUUGGCCUCAGAUUCCAUCGUGGGUUCUGCGGGAUUAAGGACAAGAAAGGAAGAGAGAGGGAAGGGAAGGAAAUGAGCCUUUAGUGGACACCUGCUGUGUGUGAGGCACCUACGCGAACUCCCAUAACCCUGAUCGCAUGUGACAGGGAUCACGGUCCCAACUUUAAGGGUGGAGACAGGCUCGGGGAAGUACGGGGCCUGCCCAAGGCCCCUCAGCUAGAACGUGUGCCCGGCUCGGAGGCCCUGGAAAAAUAGCUAGUGAAUGAAUGAAUACACGAACGAGUGGGAGGAUGGGUGAAAAGCCAGGCCUCCCGCCCACGCUGCCUCUCAGGGGUGGAGCCAUUUCCUUGACUGCGCCCCCCCUCCUCCCAGAGAGGAUCAGACCCGCAGCCUGGG